AUGGGGUUCCGAUAUAUGCUGAUUAGGAAUAGCCUCGACAUGGACUGCAACUCAGCCGGAGCUGGCUUCGUUGUGGCUUUCUCCGAUUUCUCGCUCCACCAGAUAGGCAACUUGGUCCAUCCCAACCUCGGAUUCCGCCACCUUGUUGUCCAAACCCUGGACAACGUCAAUUCCGAUAAUCGGCCGUUCUUUAUUCUUCAGGUGAAAUCUUUUAAAUGCGGUGGUUUGGCGAUCGGACUGUGUAUGAAUCACAUCUUAUUGGACGGGAUGAGCGCCAAGGGUUUCAACCAAAACCUAGCUUCUCAGGCUUUAGACGACGAGCCACUGGCGGUGGUCCCAUGUUUCGACCGCCACCUCAUGACCGCCAGGUCUCCACCAAGACCAGCGUUUGACCAUCCCGAGUUCUUCAAGCCCGACCUCGGCCCCCUCUCGAGCCCCCCGGUUUUCGACUGCAAGAGAGAGGAACUGGAGUACAGAGUAUUCCAGUUAAGCCCUAGCCACAUCAAGUUGUUAAAGGAAAUGGCCGAAUCAGAAACCAGAAUCAGCAGCUUGAGCGUGGUGGUGGCGCUUGUGUGGAAGUGCAAGGAGAGGGUGUCCACUCUGCUGAACGGACGACAACGCUAG